ACAUGGAUGAAAUAUGUACUUCCCAGCUCUUGACUGCUGUAAAACGUAUGGUCCUAACCCUUACUCAACAAAAUGAUGAAAGCAAAGAAUUUGUCAAGAUAUUUCAUAAGCAACUUGGUAGCAUUUUGCAGGAUUCACUGGCAAAAUUUGCUGGUAAAAAAUUAAAGGAUUGUGGGGAGGACCUUCUUGUUGAGAUUUCUGAAGUCUUAUUCAAUGAAUUGGCCUUUUUUAAACUCAUGCAAGACUUGGACAACAACAGCUUAACAGUAAAGCAAAAGUGUAAACCAAAAAUAGAAGUAAAAAAAUCACUCGAAGGAGCAGUAUGUUCAUCUACUGAAGAUAUUGAUGAAGACAAAGACAAAGAUGAAACUGAAACUAUUAAGCAAGUUCAUGAAUCUGCAAUAUUCAACAGAGAAAUUCCAGCCAGUACAAGAUCAGAUCCUUCCGACCAGGAAGAAGAGAGUGAAAAUCAUCCAGUCUCCAUAAGCUUGUCUAAAGCAGAAACCCAGGCUCUAACUAAUUAUGGAAGUGGAGAAGAUGAAAAUGAAGAUGAAGAAAUAGAUGAAUUUGAAGAGGGACCUGUAGAUGUUCAAACUUCCCUCCAGGCAAAUAAUGAAGCUAUAGCUGAAAAUGAAGAAGAACAGAUUUCACAGUCGAAAUUAGAGAAUCCAAAUGUGUGUCAAAUUGUAUCUUCUGAACAAGAGUCUGUAAAUACUAAAGAUGAUCAGAAUAGACCUGCUAUCGUGCCUCAGUAUCUUAAUCUUACAGAAGAAAAGCAGUCCUUAGCUGUUAGAGUUGCUGAAGAUUUUAAUGCCGGCACUAUAUUAGCCACAGAAAAAACAAACUCUUCACUAGGAGAAAAUGAAAACCAAGCUAUAGAUGCAAUUUGUGGAGACACAAAAUCAUCAUCAGGAACACCUGAAAGCUCUGUAGUUGGCAGUCCUGAUACAGAAUCUCCUGUAUUGGUUAAUGAAUAUGAAACUGGUUCUGGAAAUGUGAGUCAGAAAUCUGAUGAAGAUGACUUCGUAAAACUUGAAGACAUACCACUUAAACUUGCAGUCUACUCAGAGGAAGAACUAAUGAAAAAAAUGAUGGCAGAGUCUCAGACAAAUAGUAUCAGUGAAGAAAUUCUAGCUGAAGCAGAAAGGCAGGGUGAGGAACUGGUAGGAGAUCCUCAAAUGUUGAAGGAACCUGAGAUUGUUGGAGCUCAAAGUGAAUGAAAAUGACCUCUGGAACUUCUCUGUGGCCUGAUUAAUUGACAAAUGGAAAUAGAAAAUCACUACUACAUUUCAUGUGUUCUAAUCUGUAUAAAAUGUAAAAGUUUUUCACACACUGCCUUUUAGAAUAGACAUGCUAAUUUUUUCUCAUAAAAGUUCAAACAGCUAAACCUGAGAUUUCAGUCUGGCUACAGUUCUUACGUUUUUAUUAUUGUGAUUUUAGCAAUUUUACCAUGUAGUUUUAAAUAAAGUUUGACUUGUAUGUAGGUGUGUUUUGAACAAUGCUAUAUGAAGCUCAGACAAGCGAUGAGUAAUAAUAGAUUCAGGGGAGAGAUGUGUUGAUUUUUAAAAACAGUUUAUUGCUAGCUUGUUUAUAAAAGUGUUAAUGAGUUCUCACAAGAAAACUGUGCCAUAUGAUAUUGGGCUUGAUCCAAAGUGCUCUUCUGAGUGCAAAACAAACAGCAUGUUGGGGUACCUUAAAAACUGACAAAUUUAUUAUAUAUACUUAUUAUAGUAUAAGCUUUCAUGGGCUAUAUAAUCGAUUUUGUCAGAAAGAGGAGAAUUAGAUAGCAAGGAGGGAAUGA